GAUAGAAUUCAAAUAGGUUGAAAAGGACGCGACUCCGGUAUCAUAUGACAUGAUAUGAUAUGAUAAAUACUUGUUGUAUGAGGUUUUGCAGAGACAAUGUUGUUGUGUUCAAAAAACUGGUGCAAUAACGACGUCGACGGCCAAAAGAAGAACCCAAAGUCGGUGCCGGUGUACCUGAAUGUCUACGAUCUGACUCCAGCCAAUGUCUAUGCAUAUUGGCUUGGUCUUGGAGUUUAUCACUCCGGUGUUCAAGUUCAUGGUGUUGAGUAUGCAUUCGGAGCUCAUGAGUAUCCAUCAACUGGAAUCUUUGAAGCAGAACCAAAACAGUGUGAUGGGUUUACAUUUAGGAAGGCGAUUUUGAUUGGGAAAACAGAGAUGGGGACUGCACAGGUGAAGGCAGUAAUGGAGGAGCUAGCAGAGAAAUAUAAAGGAAAUUCAUAUAAUUUGAUUACUAAGAACUGCAAUCACUUCUGCAAUGAUGCUUGUGUCAGGUUGACAGGCAAUUCAAUCCCAAGCUGGGUUAAUCGCCUUGCCAGAAUUGGAUUUCUCUGCAACUGUGUUCUUCCUGCAACUUUGAAUGCGACUAAAGUUCCUCAACACAGAAUGGAAAAUAAGCCUCGUGAAGGAGAGAUUAAGAAACUGACCAGUGGAUCCAACAGAUUCACUUCUUCUAAUUCCUCAUCUUCGUCGUCAUCAUCUCCUGCUCAAACUCGCGGUCGAAGUAGAAGCAGACGACGUGCUGUUCCACAGUCUUCACCGUUGAUUAUUGGUUCUUCAUCAUCUUGAUGAUCCAAGUUUGGAGAUCCAAUUUUCGAUUUUUUUUUCUGGAAAUCCUUGAUUAAAAUUUUUAUUCUAAUUUUUUUGUCACUCCAUUAGUACUAAUCACGACAUGUUUGAAUCUUUUUGUACUUUGACCCAACUUGCCGUCAAGAGAAAAAUUAUGUGCAUGUA